AAAAACAGUUUUCACAUUAAUGAGCUAAUUUAACCAAAUUAAGAUAAAAAAAAAAUGGCUGCAAUCAGCUCAAGUUCAUCUUCUUCGUACUUGUAUCCGAGUUUUCAAUCAUCUUUCUCUUCGAAAUCGGCACAUUUAUCGCUGUGUAUCAGACCGAAUGGAUCCGUUAGUGGACAAAUAAAUUCGCGUAAAGUUUCGAAGAGCCUAAGAAUCUCAAAUGCUGCAACAAAAACUGCAAAAACGCCAGUGGAAGAAGAAUGGAAGGUAAAGAGAGAAGUUCUGGUGCAGAAAAAGGUGAGGAGUGUGGAUGUUAAAGAAGCUCUCAGACUUCAGAAGGAAAAUAAUUUUGUGAUUCUUGAUGUCCGUCCUGAAGCUGAAUUCAAUGAGGGUCAUCCACCAGGUGCAAUAAAUGUGCAAAUUUAUAGGCUAAUAAAGGAAUGGACAGCAUGGGACAUUGCUAGGCGACUUGCUUUUGCAUUUUUCGGAAUAUUUUCAGGCACCGAAGAGAACCCCGAGUUUCUACAGCUUGUGGAAUCAAAGAUUGACAAAAGCAGCAAGAUCAUAGUGGCUUGCUCAUCUGGAGGUACUACCAAGCCAACCCAAAAUCUUCCUCAAGGUCAACAAUCAAGAUCACUGAUAGCAGCCUAUGUGUUGGUCCUGAAUGGAUACAAAAAUGUGUUCCACUUAGAAGGAGGGCUUUAUAGAUGGUUCAAAGAGGGGUUGCCUUCAGAUUCUGUAGAGACUGAAUCAUCUUCACCAGUUGUAUAAAUGGUCAAGUUUAAUGUUUUCAUCACUCAGAUUCUACCAUGUCAAUAGAUUUGAGACUUUUUGUA